AUGCCAUUUUGUGACGACGAAGAAAAUUGUAUCAACCGCUGUCCUUUUCCUAUCGAUCAUUUUCCCAUUGAUCCAUUUCCCAUUGAUCCUUUUCCCAUCAAUCCUUUUCCCAUUGAUUCUUUUCCCAUCGAUCCUUUUCCCAUUGAUUCUUUUCCCAUAGAUACUUUUCCUAUCGAUCUUUUUCCCAUCGAUCCUUUUCCCAUCGAUCAUUUUCCCAUCGAUCAUUUUCCCAUCGAUCCUUUUCCCAUCGAUCCUUUUCCCAUUGAUCCUUUUCCCAUCGAUCCUUUUCUCAUUGAUUCUUUUCCUAUCGAUCCUUUUCCCGUCGAUCCUUUUUUUAUCCUUUUCCCAUCGAUCCUUUUCCCGGUUGUCUCUUUGAUAGAGAAUGUCCAGAAAGUCCAAACAAUAGGAAGGGAACGGGUUGGCCCGGCACCGCCUACUUCCGGAAACACUCCUCAGCUUCACGACAGCUACAAUCCAGCUACAAAAACUCCACAGAUCUUUGCACUCAAAUGUUCCAACACCGCCUCGUGGUUCGCUACACACAACUCUCUCGAGUGGUCUCCCGCCGUCACAUUUAUCCCAGCGAACACCAACCAAUUUGCAUACGCCCAAGUUCUCCUCUCGUCAAUCCUCGCGGCUACGAGAUCGCGUUUCCAUAAGUCCGACUCACCGUAA